GAAGCCCCCCCCCCCCUUAGUAGCAGCAUUGUAACGGAGGCAGCGUUUUAGCCUUUCAGAUGUUUCAUUUUCUGUUUAAUUAAGGCCGUGGGCACGGGUUUUGAUUGCAAGGUGUCGCAGACGAAUAAUUUCUCCGCCAUAAGGGACCGACGUGUGCCGUCUCCGCUAUGUUUGCGCCCAGAAGUUCCCGUUAACCGGUAAUUAAAGCCGAUAGCUAACUGCUAACAGCUAGCGCAGCUAUCUAACGAUUUCGCCGGUACAGGCGGACCUCUUUGUCUGACAGGGGAAGGCGUGCUCCUUUUGUUAGCUUUUCCCUUUGUCCAUUCGGGAAAGAGGAACUGUUGGGUCAGGAUUUCACAAUUAUCUGCAGCCCUGAACGUGUUUAGAAAAUGCAAAUCGCGAAAAAAUACUUCACAGAAGGCCUGAUUCAGUUAACAAUCUUACUCAGUUUGAUUGGAGUUCGCGUGGAUAUCGACAGCUACUUAAGCGGCUACUAUUCGCCUCUCAUAGAGAUUAACUUGGGUCCUAGCUCAGCCUACACCCAGACACCCUUUCAUAAUUUGAGAGACACUCUUGACGGAUACAGUGUGCACCCAAAAUGUCCCGAAUUGGACUAUUUCUUUGCGAGUCGCCGGCUCUUAGACGAGGUGAGGACCCUCGGCUCGCCGCGGUUCCCCACACAGUUGAACGCAUGGCUGGUGCACCAAGUGUCUGCCACUGACAAGGCUGACUGUGGGCCUUCAACCAGCAACAACACUGACACCAACACAGGGUUAGAAAGCCCCGGAGAUGAAGCGAGGGUGGAGGGUGAACACCUGCCUGACAGUGGCCGAGAGGUGUGCCAAACAACCCCUGAAGUCGGACAAAGGCCUUGUAACUCUGGAGCCUGCGGGUUUCUGAAAGAGGAGGAUGAGGUUAAAGUUAAAGAAGAGGAAGAACCUGCCCCGCUCACUCAGUUGGCUCACAGUUCCACACUGGAACAAGAGAGUAUGCUUGAAGGCAUCACUGCACUGUCUGAUCCAGCCAGCCACCAUCCUCCUACCAUCGAUAUUGACCAGCACUGGAACAGUUUACUCUCUCUGUCUGUUACUGACCUUGACGACUUGGACACUCUUGUUACUGAGCGUCUGUCAGACCUUGACACUGACAUCACCACUGCCAUCAGCCAGGAUGUCAGCUUGCAUGAUGCUAUGGUAACCAGUGUGGGCGCGUUUGGUGCGGCGUCUGAAAGAGCUGAGUCCCGGCCAGUCAACCAGCAACAACGAGCCCUCUUCCGACUGGAAUCAACAGGCUCCUCACACUCAGACGCGUCACCAGGGAUGGCACUGGGUCUGGCUGCUCUCCCCUUUGCUUCAGUAUGCAAUUUAACUGGAAACGCGUCGCAGCACAGUGCACUAGGUGGCUGUCUGGAUGAGGCAGUGUUUGAUCAGAUCAAUCAGUUAGGUUUGGAAGGCCUGGACACAAUGGACACCCAGCUGAUGGGCUGUCUGGGCAUAGACCCACAGGUCCUUGAGGACUUGGACUCGGACUCUGGCCUAUCCUUGGAGAGCAGCUCUGGAGGUCCAGUCUCCCCAGGCUCAUCUGAGAUGUCGUCCUCCUCCAGUUCAUACUGUGAGGAUGAGUGUGGAGCUACAGGCUACAGCAGUGAAGUGGAUUCAGUCCCCUCAAAAGGCAUCAUGGACUGCACAACAACGUGGUCACCCAUUGAUCUGAGUGAGAGCGUGUGGCAUGACCAUAGCUACUCAUCUCCUGCUUUUUUCGACCAGCCAUCAGUGACACUUCCCCACAAAGGUAUCAAAGAGGAGCCUCUUAGCGAUGAUGAUGACGAUGAUGGGUCAAGACUGGAUGAUAGGGAGCUGAGCCGUGAUGAGCUGCGUGCCCGUGCCAUGUGCAUCCCGUUCUCUGUCCUGCAGAUUGUCAACAUGCCCGUGGAGGAGUUCCUGGAGGUCCUCGAUGGUCACGGCUUCUCCCCCGAUCAGGUGACCCUCCUGAGGGACAUCCGCAGGAGGGGGAAGAACAAACUGGCAGCACAAAACUGCCGAAAGCGCAAACUAGACGCCAUCACAGGUCUCCAGGAGGAGGUGGAAAGGUUGCACGCUCAGAGAGACAGGCUACUGAGGGAGAAACAGCUUACAGCCAAGACAAUGGGUGCUGUGGGCCAGCAGAUAAAGCAGCUGACCAGAGACGUCCUGGCCCGGCUGAGGGAUGAUUCAGGACAGCCCCUGAAUCCAGAAAGAUUUACCCUGCAGUGCGGGGCUAACGGAAGGGUUGUAGUUCAGCCUGUAAGACGGCCUGCUGUCUCCACAUCAACUGGCAACAAAACAGACAAGAGAAAGAAGGAGAAAAAACAAUGAUGCAGUAUCGCCAGCUGAGACUUUGGCUUUUAGGUUUUUGGAUUUUUCUGAACUUACUUGCCUGACUAUGGUUUGGGGAUCUCCUCUUUUUGUAAAAGUGUGUGUAGAUUCACCACUGUUGGGAGCCUAAAUCGGCAAAAGCUGCAAAAAGAAAAUGAAAAAUGAACACUGAAAAAAAAAAAAAUCUCUGUAAAUAAAAUUUCUCAUGGGAAAAAUGUAGCUCACACACUGGACAUUUGCUUAUUGAAGACGGACACCCGGGGAAGUUUAAGGCUACAGCCGACAUGCGGCCGAUGCGACCAGUCUCUCUUUGUGCCUGUUGUUAACAUUUAAGUCAUUGAAUCUUACCACAUUUACAGACAAGCAUAGACAUCCAGACAUGUCUAAAAGUCAGCAUUGUGACAGUUACUGGAUAGAGACCUUAGGAGGAGGAUUCUGUUUGUUUUUUGUUUCCAUGUAAUCUUGCCUCUCAAUAUAUACCUAUUCAGUAUAAAGAGGUAAAAAAAAAUUGUAUUUAUUAAAGUUUCUGAGGUUCCUGAAAUGCUUAUAUGCAUCAUGAGACCGCCAUGGGCAGUAUCUUUUGUUUCAAGAUGGUAAGUUUAUCUCAAAGUGGUAAAAAUAUUGGACCAUUCCCUAUCCUAACCUACCUAAGUUUACAGAUUUGUUUAAGAUAUUUGAGGGCAUGAACGCUUCAGUAGAAAUUUGAACUUAAAUGUAAAAAGAAAAAAAAAAGAUUUUGUUGUUUUCCUUAUGUCUUGAUGACAUACAAUAUACCAAUGAUUAGACUGACAAGGCCUUAAUUUGCUUUGAAUAAGUGGUUUGGAUAUUGUGUGUGUACACGAUCAACAGAUGCACAUUAUUUUGACAAAAAACUUUUUAAAGAGGCUACUGUUUUAUGUUUUAAAUUAACAUUGAAUAAUUUGUUUCAAGCACAAUUUUGCUUAACCCCUUCAUUUCAAUUACUUAAAGAGUUUUGGCAAGAUUAUAUUCUACCUCAUGCCUUAGUUUAUGUUAUAGAUUUUGGCUAAAUAAAAAGAAAAAAAAAACCCUUUUAGGGGAACUUAAGUGCACUAUUAA